GGGAUCUCUCUGUCCGGGCCAGGUGGAGGGACACGUGGACUCAACAUUGAAGCGUUGGAUGGUUGGAAUGUUCUCUCCGGGCCUCCUAACCACCGAAACGCCGAAUCCCAUCAUGGCAUAGCCCUGCCACAUAGGUACAACACGAAAGACAAGAUGACUCCUGAGUUUCUAUUCCGCUAUCUCAAGGAAUUUGGCAUUUCCCCCAUGGAGAGUGCCCAGGUUUCUCCAGCAGAAGUUGUCUUAUUUUAUCAAGUGCUCAGUGCUCUCCAGCGCAGCGGUAUUGAUUAUCGCGGCACAAAUACUGGCGUAUACGUUGGGUACAGUGCGUAUAGUCCAUCUGUUGUAUGCCGUGUCGUCUACAUGCUUCACUAUAGCUCGAGAAGAUGCAGCUGA